AUGAAGAGAUUCUUAGUCGCCUUAACAGUAAUUGGUGUAGCCCUUGUUUAAAUCGACAAAGUUAGUGCUUAGGAUGAUACCUAGACAGUGAAUUACGACCCAUAUAGUACUCCUACCAGUCCAACUUAUGCUACUCCAAGUACCUCACCUGAUUCUGGAAAUACAACCUCUGAUGGUGGUUCAACUGGAGAUGAAGGUGAAAAUGCUGCCACUAAUAAUGAUGGCAAUCAAACUAGUGAUAAUCCAGAUGGAGAGACUAACCCAACUGAUCAAGAUCCCACAAACGACGAUCCAACUGGUAAUGAAACUGAUCCACUUGAUGUUCCAUUCGCUCAGUAUAUCAGAUACAACAUCAACAAAAACAAGAUUUUCAAAGUUAUUUCAGCAGGAGCUGAAUACGCAUAGCAAUCUAGCACUCAGUAAAUCAAAUAGGGUGUUCCCCCUAUUGCAGUGACUAUUGGUGGUGCAUUUAGAGAAAUUGGAGCUAAUUUGAUCCUUAACUAUGGAAAAUAUUUCAAGCCAGUUCUUUCUGAUCUUGCUGAUAAGACUGAAUAUAACCAAGUUGUUAUAAACUACUAAAAUUAUUGUGAUGAAGACUGUGUUGUCUCUGAAUGCAUUUUAUGGGAAGAUCUUGCUGAAGGAAAGCCAAAUAUUUUCGAUAUAGAUUGUGUUCAUUAAUGUGACUGCGUUCUAAGAGUCGAUACUUUGAAUCAAUGGGAAGAAGCUAACUUGGAAAACACUGAGAAUUCUCUUAAUCAAACUUUAGGAGCUGCCAAAAAUCAUGUUUAGCAAGCUGUAGGCUAAAAGGCUGAUGUACUUAUGAACAGCGUUGCAUAAUUAAGACAACUUUAACUUCAAAACUAACAAGAUUUUGCUGCUCUAGCCGGAGCUCUUAUUGAUAAUCUAACAAACUGCGACAAAAUUUGUGUUGAAGAUUGCAUCAAUGGGCAAUGGGUAAAUUACUUCUAGAUUCCACAAUGCAUGAAAUACUGUCGAUGCAAGUAAGCAUUCAUUGCUCAAACUACCCAUGCUGAAUACAACUAUCCAGCUCUUAUUCACUACAACUAACACAACAAAGAUGCAUGGUCACUCUUCAAUAUGCUUAAGGAUAAAUUCUGA